AUGGCAAUCGAAAAAAUAAAGUAUAUGGGCUUUAAAAAUUGUUAUAAAAUUAGUUGGAAUCACUUUCGUGUGAUUGUGACAACUGAUGUUGGACCAAGAAUCAUUUCAUUACAAUAUAAUGAAGGAUCAUCAAUUUUUGCUGUUCAAUCAAAUCCAAGUGUAAUUUCACCAAAUGAGGGAUGGAAGUUAUUUGGUGGUCAUAGAUUAUGGCAUGCACCAGAACAAAACCCAAGAACCUACUAUCCAGAUAACUCACCAAUUCAAAUUGAAAUUGUAAAUGAAUAUAAGAUUAUAUUAAGACAAGAAACUGAGUUAACAACAGGCAUUAAGAAAACCAUUUCUUUAGAGCUUAAAGGUACCGGUAGAUUAUCUCAUAUCGAAGUUAAUCACUAUCUUGAAAACAAAGGUCAAUGGCCAAUCGAAGUUGCACCAUGGGCUAUUUCUGUUAUGGCACCAACAACAUGUGCUAUCAUUCCAUUAUCAAACAAUGACCCAUCUGGACUUUUACCAAAAACAUCAAUUUCAAUUUGGAAUUACACUAAAUUAAAUGAUCCAAGAUUUACCUUUGGUGAGAAAUAUAUUUUAGUAAAGCAGGAUCCAGAAUCAGAGACAUCAACUAAAAUUGGAUCAAAAGUUAAUUCAGGAUGGAGUGCAGCUAUACAUAAAUCAACAUUAUUUGUUAAAAUGAUUGACACUGAUACAAGUAAUUUGAAAGCUGACUUUGGUGCAAAUGUUGAAGUUUAUACAAGCUCUGAUAUUUUAGAAUUAGAAACUGUUGGUCAAUUAUUACCAUUAAACCCAUCACCACUUUUAUCACCACCAUUGGAUUUAACCACUCCAAAUAAAAUAACCAAAACCACUCCCCAGGUAUCCAAAUUAACUGAAAAAUGGUAUUUGUUUGAAACUGAAUCUCCAUCACCUUCAAAUGAUGGCGAUGUCGAUAAAAAUAUUUUACCAAUUGUAAAUGAAAUUUUACAACACCAAUAA